GGCGCGCGGCGUGACGCCACGCCGGCACGGAGGGCGAUGCUGGCGGCGGAGGUGGCCGGCCUGGGAAACUAUGGGCUGUGGGGCACACGGCACAGUGUGGGCAUGGAGGUGCUGGAUCGGCUGGCCCGGCAGCUGGAGGUGGCUGACAGAUGGCGAGUGGACAAGCGGUGCUGUGCUGAUGUGACCCUGGCUGCAGCCCAUGGCCUGGAGCUGGUGCUGCUCAAACCACGGAGGUUCAUGAACCUCAAUGGGCUCAGCAUCGCCAGUGCUGCUGAGAUCUACAGCCUUGGCCCUGGAGACAUUUACCUGGUUCACGACGACUUGGACAAGGCCUUAGGCAAGGUGGCAAUCAAGCUGGGAGGCAGUGCGAGGGGACACAACGGGGUCCAGUCCUGCAUCAGUGCUAUGCACUCCAACGUGAGUGGGCCUCAGUGGAAGGGGAUCAGUCCUGUGCCCCCCUCAAUGCAUGGCUUGUUCCCCCACUCCCGUUUUCAUGAUUCCCCUCAGACUAACCUCUGCUCCGUUCCCCCCUUUUCUCCUUCCCCUUCUUCCCAGAGGGCUGUUGUCUUUUUGGCUGCCAUGGAGGACAUGGAAACAAUUAGCUUGAGUGGCUCUGCCAGGCCUGGCAGGAGCCUGGGAUCUCGGCACAGCUCAGCAAAAGCCUCUUCCAAAAUUAUGUUUCUUGGAGCAAGCACUCAAAACCACCUGGAAAACAUGAGGAGCUGCUCCCUUGCUGCCCAGUCUCACUCUCAGUAUUGUCACGUUGCCUAGCUCUGUCUGAACACUUGAGGGGACGCUCCCCCAGCUCUCUUCCUUCCUCCCCAGGAGAUGACCCGGCUCAGGAUCGGCAUCGGGCGGCCAGAGGGGGAUGUGACAGUGCCCAACUAUGUCCUGUCUCCGUUCAGUGCUGGAGAGCGG